GCGCUCACAGCCCCGUGGCACCUCCCCGGGGCAGCAGGGCCUGGGCUGCUCUCCAGAGGGAUCUGGGCAUGGUGGGCCGAGGGAUGGAGGCCCCCGGCAGCACUCGGGGCCCCAAGGCCGACCUGAGCCAGCGCAGCCAGGAGAUGCGUGUCCUCGUGGACCUGCAAGAGCAAGGCAGGAAGAUUUUCAGUCAGUCCUGCGAGGAGACGCUCCGUCAGAACAGGGAGCUGCUCCCCAGCCUGCAGACGGCUUUGCAAGAGGAUUCCAGCGUCCUGAAAUUUGUCCUGAAGUACAACAAACUGCCCGUUAAGGAUGAUUUUGGAGAGGGCCGGGAGCUCGUUUCAGCCACUGAGAGCCUGGAGGUGGCCAUAAAGAAGAUGGAGGCCAAAGUCCAUGAGCAGGUGAAGGUAUGUGACGUGCUGCUGCACCAGCUGAAGCAGUGGAGCCAGGCCAGGGAUGAGCGCCAGAGGCGCCUGCAGGAGCUGCAGGAAGCUGAGACAGAUCCCAAGUGGCAAGAGCCACAGCUGCAGACCAUUCGCCAGCUGGGCAAUGACAUCGAGAAGAUGCUCAUGAAAAUCCAGAGUGGGGAGAUCAUGACCAAGCUGUACCUGCAGCUGCAGGAGGUCCUGAGGAGGGAGCUGGUGUACCUGCCUCAAUACCUGGACCUCCUGUGUGGCAUGACUGUGAUGUACCACGAGGAGCUCACGGCCCGGAGUAGCCUCAAAGCCAACGAUGCCAUCAGGAAACUCAUGGCCGAGGCAGGACCACAGGUCCGUGUGGAGAAACAUCUCAGGGACCAGUCCCUGGCUGAGCAGAGGAAGCACAUCGAGAGCCUGCGGCGCCAGGAGGAGAGCGAAAGGCAGCAGAGGCAG